GCAGCAGCAGGAGGGGGCAGGAGGCGGCGGCGGCAGUGCCCGCAGCCUGCCCGGCACUAGUUGCUCGCGCCCGCGGCAGCAGCUGCUCCUCCGGCUGCUCCCGGGCCCGUCUGCACCUUUCGAGCUUUUAAACCCGGGGCGAGGUUGCGCUUCUUUUUGCAUCUGAUGAGCUUUGCAUUUUUUCUUUAAAUUAAAAAGAGAACAUUUUACAUUUGCUUUCGGCGUCACCUCCUGCCCCCCGAGCGGGCGCCCCGGCUACCCCCGGGACCGGCCCCCGCGCCCUCCCCAGCCUCAGCCUCCCCGGCCUGAUGGCAAAGUUGCGCCGUGGGGCCGCCCCCGACUCCUACUGACGGCGACCAGGGCAAGUGACAUAGGAUGACCCCGGCCUGUCCCCUCUUAUUGUCUGCGAUUCUGUCCCUGCGCCUGACUGCGGCCUUCGACCCUGCCCCCAGCGCCUGCUCGGCACUGGCCUCGGGAGUGCUGUACGGGGCCUUCUCGCUGCAGGACCUCUUCCCCACCAUCGCCUCGGGCUGCUCCUGGACCCUGGAGAACCCAGACCCCACCAAGUACUCCCUCUACCUGCGCUUCAACCGCCAGGACCAGGUGUGCGCCCACUUCUCACCCAGGCUGCUGCCCCUGGACCACUACCUGGCCAACUUCACCUGCCUCCGCCCGGCGCCGGAGCCAGAGCCGGAGCCGAGGCCGGAGCAGGAGCCGGAGCCGGAGCCGGAGCCAGAGCGGGAGCAGGAGCAGGCGCCCGCGGCCGGGCUACGGCAGGAGGAGGAGGAGGCGGGGGGCGGCCUGGAGCUGUGCCAGGGCUCCAACCCCUACACCUUUCUGCACUUUGACAAGAACUUUGUCCAGCUCUGCCUGACGGCGGAGCCCUGGGAGGCACCCCGCUUGCUGGCCCCCUCGGCCCUGGAGUUCCGCUUUGUGGAGGUGCUGCUUAUCAAUAACAAUAAUUCGAGCCAGUUCACCUGCGGGGUGCUGUGCCGCUGGGGCCAGGAGUGCGGGCGGGCCGCGGGCCGGGCCUGUGGCAUCUCCCAGCCGGGCUGCAGCUGCCAGGGGGAGGAGGCUGUGCCCCCAGGCCCCCCCGCCACUGCGACUGCCCCGCCCCUCAGUCAGACCCUCUCCAAUGCCCUGGUGCCGGGGAGCCCGCCGGGGGAGGCUGACCUGCACGCGGGCAGCAGCAAUGACCUCUUCCCACCCGAGAUAAGAUAUGGUGAGGAGCCGGAAGAAGAGCCGAAGGUGAAAACCCAGUGGCCCAGGUCAGCAGACGAGCCCGGAGUGUACAUGGCGCAGACAGGAGACCCAGCAGCUGAGGAGUGGUCUCAGUGGAGCGUGUGCUCUCUGACGUGUGGGCAGGGCCUUCAGGUUCGGACUCGCUCCUGCGUCUCCUCCCCGUAUGGGACGUUGUGUAGUGGGCCACUGCGGGAGACUCGGACCUGCAACAACACGGACACCUGUCCAGUUCCUGGCCUGUGGGAGGAGUGGGGGCCCUGGAGCCUGUGUUCCCGCACCUGCGGGCGGGGGUCCCGGAGCCGGACGCGGAGCUGUGUGCCCCCCCAGCACGGUGGGAAGACCUGCGAAGGUCCCGAGCUGCAGACUAAGCUCUGCAACCUGGCUGCCUGUCCGGUGGAAGGUCAGUGGCUGGAGUGGGGCCCCUGGAGCCGCUGCUCCGUGUCCUGUGCUAAUGGGACCCAGCAGCGCAGCCGCCGGUGUAGUGUGACGGCCCACGGCUGGGGCGAGUGCCGGGGUGCCCAUGCUGAUGCCCGAGAAUGCAGCAACCCGGAGUGCCCAGCUGAUGGCAAGUGGGGCCCAUGGAAUCCUUGGAGCCUGUGCUCCAAGACCUGUGACACAGGCUGGCAGCGACGCUUCCGCAUGUGCCAGGGGACAGGGGUGCAGGGAUACCCCUGUGAGGGCAGCGGUGAGGAGGUGAAGACAUGCAAUGAGAAGAAGUGUCCAGCCCUCCAUGAGAUGUGCAGGGAUGAGUACGUCAUGCUGAUGACCUGGAAGAAGACUGCCGCGGGAGAAAUCAUCUACAACAAAUGCCCGCCCAACGCCACAGGGUCUGCCAGCCGCCGCUGCCUGCUCAGCGCCCAGGGCGUGGCCUACUGGGGCCUGCCCAGCUUCGCCCGGUGCAUCUCGCACGAGUACCGCUACCUGCACCUUUCGCUGCGGGAACACCUGGCCAAGGGCCAGCGGAUGCUGGCUGGCGAGGGCAUGUCUCAGGUGGUCCGAAGCCUGCUGGAGCUUCUGGCCCGGCGCACCUACUACAGCGGGGACCUGCUCUUCUCUGUGGACAUCCUGAGGAACGUCACCGACACUUUCAAGAGAGCCACCUAUGUGCCCUCGGCAGAUGAUGUCCAGCGCUUCUUUCAGGUUGUCAGCUACAUGGUGGAUGCCGAGAACAAGGAGAAGUGGGAUGAUGCUCAACAGGUGUCCCCAGGCUCUGUGCACCUGCUGCGGGUGGUGGAGGAUUUCAUCCAUCUGGUGGGGGAUGCGCUCAAGGCUUUUCAGAGUUCCCUCAUCGUCACCGACAACCUGGUGAUCAGCAUCCAGAGGGAGCCGGUGUCUGCCGUCUCUAGCGACAUCACUUUUCCCAUGCGGGGCCGCCGGGGCAUGAAGGACUGGGCCCGGCACUCAGAGGACCGGCUCUUCUUGCCCAAGGAGGUGCUGAGCCUCCCAUCUUCUGGUAAGACCUGCCCUGCACUAGGCCGGGGGGCCAGGCCGGGUCACAUACCCAUGGCCCCCUCGACCCUGUGUCUCCCUCUACCCCCAGAAACCGAUGAAUCCUCCUACUUUGUGAUCGGAGCCGUGCUGUACCGGACUCUGGGCCUCAUCUUGCCGGCCCCCAGGCCCCCGCUGGCAGUUAGUUCCAGGGUCCUGACGGUCACAGUCCGGCCGCCCACCAAGCCGACGGAACCCCUCAUUACUGUGGAGCUGUCUCACGUCAUCAAUGGUACCUCAGAUCCCCACUGUGCCACAUGGGAUUACUCUAGAGCGGACGCCAGCUCCGGGGAGUGGGACACAGACAGCUGCCAGACCCUGGAGACCCAGCCGGCCCACACACGUUGCCAGUGCCAGCAGCUGUCUACUUUUGCCGUCCUUGCGCAGUUGCCCAAGGACCUGAGUCUGGAGCUCUCAGGUGCCCCCUCCGUGCCCCUCAUGAUCGGCUGCGCUGUUUCCUGCAUGGCCCUGCUCACCCUUCUUGCCAUCUAUGCUGCCUUUUGGAGAUUCAUCAAGUCCGAGCGCUCCAUCAUCCUCCUGAACUUCUGUGUCUCUAUCCUGGCCUCCAACGUGCUCAUCCUGGUGGGGCAGUCCCAGAUCCUGAGCAAGGGCGUCUGCACCAUGACGGCGGCGUUCCUUCACUUCUUCUUCCUCUCCUCCUUCUGCUGGGUGCUCACGGAGGCCUGGCAGUCCUACCUGUCCGUCAUCGGCCGCAUCCGCACACGCCUGGUCCGCAAGCGCUUCCUGUGCCUGGGGUGGGGCUUGCCCGCUCUGGUGGUGGCUGUGUCAGUCGGCUUCACCCGAACGAAAGGCUACGGCACAGCCAGCUACUGCUGGCUCUCCCUGGAGGGGGGGCUUCUCUAUGCCUUCGUGGGCCCCGCGGCGGUCAUCGUGCUGGUAGGUGCUCCUUGCCUCGGGUCCCUGGGCAUACAGGGUCAGCCGGACCAUCCCCCUGCCUCUGGGCCAGCUCUGGAGGGAGUCAGGGAAGGGGAAGGGACAAAAGUCAGACGGGGGCCUCUGAACGAGGGCUCUGAUCCUUUCUCCCGGACCCGGAGGGGUCCCCGCAGCGCAAAAAGCUCCCAACCCGGUCCGGGGAUUGGGGGUGCCGAGGGGCCGUGUGCCCACCACCUUCUUUGCUCCCUGGGGCCUGCCUGGGCUCCCGUGGUCUGCUGUCCCCACCUGGAUGUCCCUGUCCCCACCCCGGGACAGGCCCCCAUCCUCUUCCAGGUCCUCUUCGCCAUCUUCAACUCUGUCCAGGGCUUUGUCAUCAUCGCCGUGCACUGCUUUCUGCGAAGAGAGGUCCAAGAUGUAGUGAAAUGCCAGAUUGGGGUUUGCAAGAGCCAGGACAAUGAGAACUCGCCCGGAUCCUGUAAGAAUGGGCAGAUCCAGGUCAUGACAGAUUUUGAAAAGGACGUGGACUUGGCGUGUCAGACAGUUCUGUUCAAGGAAGUCAAUACCUGCAACCCUUCCACCAUCACAGCCACACUGUCCCGCCUGUCGCUGGAUGAGGAUGAGGACUCCAAACCCUGCCUCAUGGGCACAGAGAGUGGGCUAAACUUCUCCCCACUGCCGGGCAACAUCUUGGUGCCCAUGCCAGUGCCCUCCCCUGGUGUGGGCGAGCCCCCCCAUGCGCAUGACAGCAACCCCGUGUACAUGUGUGGGGAGAGCAGCCUCCGGCAGCUGGACUACACCUGGCUGCGGUCUGGGGACCCCGGGAGCGAGGGGGAGUACACGGUGCUGCCCCGGAGGACUCUGAGCCUCCAGCCUGGUGCCCGCGAGGAGACCAAGCGGGCCAGGCCCGAGGGCACCCCUCGGCGCGGGGGGAAGGGGCUGACCCAGACGGAGGCCUACCCCAGCUUCUUGUCCGUGGACCAUGUGGGCCUGGGGCUGGGCCCGGCCUAUGGAACUCUGCAGAACCCCUAUGGGGUGCCCUUCCAGCCCCCGCCCCCAGCCCCAUCGGGCACUCGCCAGGGCCCCACCCCCGAGCCGGGCGAACGCAGCCGCACCAUGCCCCGAACCGUGCCUGGCUCCACCAUGAAGCUGGGCUCUCUGGAGCGGAAAAAGCUACGCUACUCAGACCUGGAUUUUGAGAAGGUGAUGCACACACGGAAGAGACACUCAGAGCUCUACCACGAGCUGAACCAGAAAUUCCACACCUUCGAUCGCUACAGGGGCCCGGCCUCAGGCAAGAGAGAAAAGCGCUGGAGUGUGUCGUCAGGCGGGGCUGAACGCAGCGUUUCCACUGAGAAGAUAAGCCCAGGAGAGAGGCCCCCUUCUCAGCAACAGCAGCAGCAGCAGCAGCAACAACAGCAACAGCAGCAACGACAUCAGAGUUGGAGCACCUUCAAGGCAAUGACACUGGGCUCACUGCCCCCCAAACCCCGUGAGCGGAUGGGGCUGCACCGGACCCCCCGCUGGGAAUCGGCAGGCCUGGGUCUGGAUGCAUCUGACGGUGACUUCCAGACGGAAGUGUGAGCCCUGGCCAGUGUCCAGGCACCUAUAAAUAUAUAUAUAUAUCUCUAUUUUCACACUCCAAUUUGGAAAAAAACCAAGGAGCCAGGGACCCCCCUUUUCUCUUCUCGUGUGCGGUCUUGGCCCUUGGAGGGAGACACAGCCGGACUCUGGCUCCAGACAAGGUGGAGACCCUGGAGACGAGAGGGGUGGGCUGGACUCCAGAGACCUGCUUCUGGCCCGGGAAGGAGGCACAAUCAGGGGCCCCCUCCUCAUUUUUCAGAGCCUAUAGCCCCAGGCCACCAUGUCUCCUGCCCCCAAGCCUGUCCGUGCGUUUGUCUGUCCCACCCUGGGCUGGGGGGGAUCUUUGUUGGGAAUAAAGUUCGCUCUGUGGA